AUGGGCAAUGAAGCCGAUGAUGUAUCGCUACCUAAGGCUACUGUACAAAAGGUUAUAAGUGAAGUACUAGAUCCAGACCUCACGUUUAGUAAGGAAGCAAGAGAGAUUAUCAUUAAAUCUGGAAUAGAGUUUAUAAUGAUUCUUUCGUCUAUGGCAAGCGAAAUGGCAGAAAAUGAUGCUAAAAAGACAAUAGCACCUGAACACGUUAUAAAGGCACUUGAAGAACUAGAAUACGUUGAAUUUAUACCAUUCCUCGAGCAAAGGUUAGCAGAUUAUAAGGGUACGCAGCGAGUUAAGGAGAAGCGAGAUGCCAAAUUUAAGAAAAGUGGGUUAUCCGAAGAAGAACUACUGCGACAACAAGAAGCUCUUUUCAGACAAUCAAGGUCACGUUUGCAUCAAACGAGCGUCAGUGGCGCUUCAAGUAGUACGAGUGCUGAUGACGCAACUUUGAAAGCUGAAGAAGAGUAG